AUGCUGAAGAGUGCCUUGCCUGGAAGGGUGAGCCCCAGCAGUACUGCAGUGUCCGAUGGGUGCUAUAUCGUUGCUGUGGCAUCGGAGACAUGCCUGACCGUGAUUGUUGCGCGACUUGUAGAGGCAUGGUCCGGGAUCAGGAGCCAAGGAGAAAGGGCGUAUCGUCAAGCUCUAAAGUCGGCGGCGCCGGCAGGGUUCCUGGAGAGCGAGGUACUUUCGCCGACAGCUCGGUAA